GCCGCGGGAGGACUGAGCGCGGUCCGGCCCGGGCACUGGCACCUGAGUGCUCCGCCCUUCUGGCGGCCCAGGUCCGGCCCGGGCCUGUGUGUGCCUCGGGGUCCGUUGGGGCUGAGGUGCGGCCGCUUCCCGGAUACCUCUGGGCUGAGGCGCAGGGCCUCAGGGGGGCUGCGAAGAGCUGCGUGUUCUGUUUCUGCUGCUCCCUGAUGUUUUCAGCAACGGAUGGGCGAGGGAAUAAAAAAGGGAGCCCCAUGUUCCGCUCCGUACAACAACGACCCUGUGACCCGACUGUCGUUUGCCUCGUGUGGGAAAGGGUGGGCCUGGAGGUUUGAAAAUCUUGCUCUGCAUUUUUGGUGCUGGCUGCGUGUGACGGCUUGCAAUCUUCAUGUGCGUAGCUGGAUCAAAGCCCUGCUCGGCAUCGCGUUCCCCGCUGCAGUUCCCCACAGAGGCGCGUGAAAAUCAGUGGCUUACUUCUGAAGUCUUUUUCUGGGGCAAGGUGUACGGCCCAGCAGGUCUGGAGAAAAAAAAAUACUCUCAGUUUCUUUCAAUAGCUGCUAAUGUUGCUAAUAAGGCUUUGAAACUCCUACCCAUGGAACUUUGCCUUUGUCUGGACUCAAAAUUCCUUGCCAGCAGAUUUUAAGACCUAAAGGAAGAUGUCCUUUUUCCCUAAAAUUGCUUUCCUGUAUGAAGUUGAAGAGUAUCUCACCAAAGUGUUCAGAAAUAAUGAGCUUAUCACUGCUUUAGGUACACAGGAGGCAGAGAAUAAAUACCAAUCUCUGUUAAGUCAUCUAUCUCAUCCACCAGCUUUCACAACUGUAAGAGUAAAUACCCACUUGGCCUCAGUGAAACAUGUGAAAAAGUUGCUGUUUGAAGAAAUCCAGAAGCAAUUUAAAGGACUAUGUGUUCCAGUUCUCGAGCACCCAAAACUUCAGGACAUUUUAUUAAUUCCUGUUAUUGGACCCAGGCGAGAUUUAAAAAAAUACUCAUCUGAAGUCAUAGUUGGAGCCCAGUGUGGAUAUGCAGUACUUCGAGGAGCACAUGUUUAUGUCCCUGGAAUUGUGUCCACCUCAAGAUUUGUGAAAGCAGGAGAUCUGGUUUCAGUGUAUUCAGAUAUUGAAGGGAAGUGCAAGAGAGGAGCCAAAGAAUUUGAUGGAGUCAAAGUUUUCCUCGGAAACGGGAUUUCAGAACUCAGUCGCAGUGAAAUCUUCAGUUCAAGUGGCCCACUGAAGGGGCUGGGUGUAAGAGUGACAGAGCCAGUCUACCUCAGUCCUUCAUUUGACAAUGUGCUCCCUAGUCAUUUGUUUUUACAGAAUUUACCUUCUGUGGUUGUGAGCCAUGUUUUAAACCCUCAACCAGGGGAGAGAAUUUUGGAUAUGUGUGCUGCACCUGGAGGAAAAACAACCCAUCUUGCAACAUUGAUGCAUGACCAGGGUGAAGUAAUAGCCAUGGACAAGAUAGCUAACAAGGUCAAGAAAAUCAAGCAGAAUGCUGAAUUGCUACAGUUGAAUUGCAUUAAGGCCUUUUGCUUUGAUGGGAUAAAGGCCCUUUCAGUUGAGAAGAGAGAGGAUAAACAAGAAGGGCCUCCAUUCUUACCAGAGUCAUUUGAUCGAAUUCUUCUUGAUGCUCCAUGUAGUGGGAUGGGACAGAGACCAAACAUGGCUUAUUCCUCAACUUUAAAGGAAGUGACCUCAUACCAGCCACUCCAGCGCAAGCUUUUCACUGUGGCAGUAAAGCUGCUGAAGCCAGGAGGUGUUUUAGUAUAUAGUACAUGUACAAUUACACUUUCUGAAAAUGAGGAGCAAGUUGCUUGGGCCCUGAAAACUUUUCCAUGCCUCCAGCUUCAUCCACAGGAACCUCACAUUGGAGGAGAAGGCAUGAAGGGAGCUGGACUAUCACUUGAUCAGUUGAAGCUGCUGCAGAGAUUUGAUCCAUCUGCUAUGACAUUGCAAGGAAUGGAUAUUAAUUCUUUGCAAGAUUCUAGAGAAGAUGACCUGAUUUCAUUGGCAAAUAAGGACUGUAUAGGAUUUUUCAUUGCAAAAUUUAUUAAAUUGAACAGUAAAUAAGGACUUGGGAAUGCAACCUGAAAAAAUACCUCAGUGAGUCUAAGAACAGUUCAGACGUGAAGUGCCUUUCUUUCUUCCUGCUGCAAUGUUACCAAGCCAACGGGCUGACGGCAGGGUUGCUAUGGCAGCACUAAAAUCUGCCAGCUGUUCUGAUGGGAAAGAGCCACAGGUUGCAGCAGAAAAGUCAUGGUUGGGGGAAGGGUAGUAUAAUUUCUAACUCUCCUUCUGCUUUUGUAUUUACAGCAGGUCAGUGCCUGAAUGACAACUCAUACUGCUGUCUGCUCUAGUUUCCCCUUAUCUGCGGCAAGCGUAGGAAGGGGAUGCAAGCUAUGAAAUGCAAACAUAAAUAAAAUAGAUGGGAAUUAUUACAUUGAAUUUUGGAAAGGGUCAUUUCUGUGGACGUUUACCAAUAGUUAGUUUCCUUAAAAUAGUUCUUCUCAAAACACUGCAAUAUUUUACAAAGAACUGUUUUAUAAAUUGAUACUUAGAACCUCAUUUCUCUUUUAUUUUAAUACAAGCAAGAUUCUCUGUACACAUAGUAUAUACACAAAAUACGAUUAGGCUUUGUAGCAUGUCUUUUAUAGCAGCAUGAAUAUAUUAAACCAUCUCACUCUGGGAAUGUAAAUAAAUAUUGUUUCAACAUCAAACUUCCCAUGCAUAAACUGUAUUGGUUCUGAAAUAGCCUACUGGACUGGCUGACAAGUGACAGUUUUAAAAUCAAACAUUUGUAACAGAAGGGGCUACAGUUAUGAUUAAUAUAUCAAAAGACAGAAAACAAUGCAUAAUACCAUCUUAAAUGUUGCAAAUCACCUUUCAAACAACUAAGGAUAUUAACUCUUUAUUGGUUAGAAAGCAUCACCAGCUAAAAUGUGAAAAUUGAAACUGGGGAAGCAUGCUAAUGGAAACUGCUUUAGUACAUUGCUCAAAGUUUAAAUAACCUAAAUUUCUUAAAGAUGUUAGAUGUAUUUGAAAAUUCUGCUUCAGUUCCAGUUUGAACAAUAUUCUCAGUCCUGGAACUGACAAUAGCACUAAAAUUAGAAGGAAAGCUAAGGACAAUGGAAAAAUAGAAACUGACAUCUGUGUGUGUUUGGUGUUUUCCCCUCACUCAUCAAUUUCCAGUUUUAAAAAGAAUUAUCUGAAAAAUAUCUGUCUUUUCACAUGUAACUAUUUGGUUAGAUUAAAAAGAGAAAUAGUUCUUUUACAUUUUUCUUUCUACUAUCAGAAGUGCUUUUAGUAUUUGCUCACAAUCAAAACAAUCUAUAGAAUUCUCUUUCUCGGUAGUUUGUUUACUUAUAUUUUCCAUAAAUGUUUUGAUACUGUAUGUUUUCUACUGCUCUUGAAUAAAAACCAAAUGUUUUUUCUAUCCUGCCAAGGUUGACUAGUGCAAGUACUAGUACAAGUCUAGCAAGUAUUGUAAGGCCUAUACUAGCAGGACAGGAAAAUGGAACUCUUGUCUACUACUUCUCUACUUCUGUAGGUCAUUCCUUGCCAUUAAACACACCUUGUCUAAAGAAGAUUUAAAGUAAUUUUGUUUCAUCAGUAGUAGGUGAGAUAUCCUAUUUAGUGUCAUGAAAGUUCAUACUAUAAUCUUUCUAGUCUAAAUAUGGUGAAAAUAAUUACCUGGGAACAAAAGGUAUUAAUCCUUUACUGUAAGAACCUGUUGAAAUCUUUAACUCAGUGCUAGUAAAAAAGCAUUUUCUUUUUUGCAGAAUAUAGAAAUUUUGUAAACAUUAAUCAGCACACAUAAACUAUAUACUGAAGUUUGUGUAUUCAUAUAAAGUAAGGAACUUUACCUCCAGUUUCAGUAGCAGGAUUUGUGCAAUGCUGAAUUUGAAAGAAUUAAGAUUGCUGAAUUUUUAGUGGGAUAUUUGUUGAAAUUUCCUCCACUUUCUUUAAUUUUGGAUGAUAGGCUUUUUAAGGAGGUGACCUCACUUGAUAUUAUAGGAGAAGUUUCUUGGGGGUGGGAAGACAAUGUAACUAAUUUGUAGUUAAUUCUGCAGAGCAGACUUCACCUGAAAAAAAUUACUGAUAUAUAACUUUAGCUAUUAGGGUUGUUUCUGUAAAUUCAAAUGCUAGCCUUAGAAGAGCACUCAGCAUAUCGAAGGGAUUGGCCUCAGCUGCUUCCCCGAGGGCCCUGUCUCUGUUGGUAAUGAGGGAGUGACUUCUCCAUCAGGCAGGUCAGAACAGAAACUCAAUAAAGAUGCUCCAUCCCUUGAAGGAGCCAGCAUCCUUUCUCUCACCACAGGUGUGGCUAAGUUAGAUGACUAAAGUUGGAUGGAUGCCCUUUUUCUUCUUUUCCAAUCUUACCAUGACUUUAACUAGAAGCGGUAGGAAUACUUUCUCAUUGGCACAGUUUUGAUGGAUGGAGUACAUAUGUUUUAAACAUAUCAUACGAUUACUUUCCUGAUAAUCUUUACACACUGAAUCAUUGUGCUUCACCAGUUGAUGCUGAAGCACAAUGGAAUAUAUUUAUAUAUAUUUUAUAUAUCUAUAUAUGUGAUAUUUAUAUAUUAAAUUUAAAAAGUUAUUGUCAUUAUAAUGAAAGAUUAAACCUACAAAAUAGAUAAUUAGGCAUGCAAUCAGAUCCUGUCAUUAAGAAAGUCUGAAAAGUAGUUUUCUCUAUUUGCAGAAACAGUGAUUAGUAAUAGUGCCAAAUCUAAUUAUCUGUCUUGGUCAGUAUAAAGAUACUAAAAUAGGCAGCCUCAUAUAUUAUGAAAUUAUGAUACAGCUUUUUCUUGUUUGUCAAGGAAUGCACCAAUUUUUUGGAUCACAGGAUUUCAUAGGCUUUUUAAGGAAUAGGCUGGUGAAGGUGAUCAGGAAAUUACUUUAGAAUGGGUAGUUUAAAAUAUAAAGAACCUUGUUUUUGUGUUUGAUUGUUCAUGAAUAAAAAUUUUAUGAGAAAAUCCAAUUUUGUACUGCUAGAAUUCAUUGCAGAGUAGGUAUGCAUGAUAGAUAAAAGUGGCAAGAAUAAAGUAAGAAAUGAGAAUAUGGAUGAGUUAGAAGAACCUGCUUAAUCUCUAUUAUAUCUGAUAUAAAUCUUUUCUGGGGCUGCGUAGGAAUACAUUUCUAGGGUGGUAAGUUAUAAUAAGAAACUGUCUAUAAAACUACUGUAAGCUCAUAUGUAAUAGUUUGUUAUAUAAAAGUGGGGAAAUAAAUUACAGACAAAUUGCCAAGCAAUAAAAUUGAUUAACAUUUGAUUAAAAACAUUCACAGUAAAAAUGGCAUCCACAUAUUUUACAUAUGAUAGAAGAACUAAGAUUUUGGUGAAAGAUCUGCAAUAAAAUAAUAAAUAAAAGUAAAUGUACACCAGCAAUGUUAUAUUACACUCUGAAAAAUAAUUUCUCUGUUUAGACUUUGUAGUCUAAAUCGAGCACUGUGCUCGAUUCUAUGGAUGGAACAGAAUUAAAGUCAAAAACAUUUAGAAAACAGCUUUCAGCCUGAUGUUUUAAAGCAAUCAGAGGUCAAAUGUAACCACAAAUCAAAAUAAAUUUUGAAGAGGCUUUAGUAACUAACAAACACAGGAGGUGGUUUACACCAGCUCUUUUCCUUUGAACAGACAUUGAUUAAAAGCAGUCAGAACACUCGCUUCACUCCAGCUGAGGGAAUGAUAAUGGACCCCCUGAAAACCUUUGCAGGUGUCACAGAACGUGAGCGUGACUUUACAAACCAACAGAGCUUAAAAGUGACAAUUGCUAACAGAUUCGUAAAAGACAAAGUAUUAAGGGGCGAUGUAUUAGAGCUGGGCAGGAACUGCAUGUAUAGGAUGAGUAACCGGGUAUGCAGGAGAAGUAAAAAUGGGCCUCUCCCUUUAUUCAGGGUUCAGUGAGUGGAAUUUCAUUUCUUUAUCUUCCAUUUAUAAUAAAGGCUAUAGGCUAAGAAUAUCCCAAUUUCUGUGAAAAGAAGUGUUCCACUGAAGGUCUUUGUGGCUUUUUAAAACUGAUCUUCAUUAAAUAGGUCCAGAGCCUUAGGAGAAACUAUGUAUUUAAUUUUAUUCCUUGAGAAGCAAAAACUAUGGAACUCUCUUCAAAUUCUGAACUGAUGCCAGACACAGAAUACGAAUUCAUGGGAAUUCUAGAAUAAUAACUUAAGUUCUAGGCAGUAAUUUAUGAAUCAAUUUAGUAAAAAUAGUUUAUUUCAGCUCAUAACUCAUACUGACGCUGCCUUUGUGCACAAACCCGUUUGCUUAUUCCUCCCCACUGUCCUGUCCCUUAGCAGGUCUGGAGACUUUCACUGUCACCUCCUUGGAGUCCCUCUGGAAGAGAAUUCUUUCUUCCAUGACAUCUGUGUGACAUUAGACAACUGGUAAAGUAUAGACUAAAGCUA